AACUGCUGGCUCGCUCAGGGCCAGGCUGGACACGCAGGGCUCCCGAGAUAAGCUGAUCCCGCUGCGAGCACAGACAGGAACCGGGGCUCGGCCGCAGCUGCAGCGCUUCCUGUUCGCCAGGGAGAAAAGGAGAGCACAAGAUGGGGUGCUUGGCAUGAAGAGGGCAGCUGGGGCGAGUUCCUGCCCAGAACAGCCGGCUCAGCUCACCACUCGAGGGGCAGGACAGGAGCCUGGCACCAGGUGUUUUGCCCCGGUUUGGCAGGGCAGAGGCCCCGGGGGGACACGGCCACCAUGCCCAGGAGGGUCCGGCCACAGCGGCGGUGCCCGGGCGAGAGCAGCGAGGAGAGGAGCGAGAGGAGGCAGGAGGAGAGGGAGAGGCUCCGCUGCAGGAAGAACAGCAGCACCUGCCGGCACCUGGCCCGGCCAGCCCCGCAGCCAGAGCUCAGCCCCCGCCAAAGGGAGUUCCUCAGGAGGAGGAACCUGGUGGGACAGGCCCAGGAGACCCUGCAGGGACAGGAGCCCCAGGCUCGGACCCCUCUGGACCCCUCCUCAGCGGGCAUCCCGCUCCAGAGCCCGAGGAGCUGCUCCACAUUCCCCCCUGCUCCGUCCCUGCUGAGCCUCAGCAUCCCCCAGGGACCAGGGGACUCUCUCAGCACCCAAGGAACCCAGAGCCUCCCAAAGCCAAGCUCAGGAGUGAGAGACUCGAGCCAGCAGACAGACUGGGGAAUAGCAGUUUUAAAUAAGGAAAUGGUGCAGCUCUCCAACUACCUGACGGAGGCCCUGCACCGCGAGCUGCUGCUCAAGCAGAAGAUGGUGAUUUUACAGCAGCUCUUGUCCACUCUGCUCCAGGCAUCAGAGAAAUCCUGGCAGGGUCAGCUGAACGAAGACAAACUGAGGUGUAAACUCCGGGUGCUGGAAAAUCAGCUGCAGGCCUGCAGCCAGAGUUACUCAAAGGAGUGUGUGAAGAAGAUCCUGAUAGAGAUGGAGGACCAGAAGCAGACCUAUGAGCAGAAGGCAAAAGAGGCUCUUCAGAAGAUGCUGGAGGACAAACUCCAAACAGAGCAGCAGCUGCAAAACUCUCAGAGAAGCCUGGCAGAGACACGAGAGGACCUUGCCCUCUGGAAAGAGCAGGAUGCCACGCUCAGAGCCGAGCUGACCAAGGUGACCACAGCACACACCGAGCUCAAGAACAGCUUCCAGGCUUUACAGAGUGAGCUCCAGCGAGCGGAUGCCCAGAGCGAGCGGCUGCGCCGGGAGCUGCGGGAGCUGCGCUCGGAGCGCUCGGAGCUGCUGCACACAGCCAGCGCCCUGCGCAGCGACAACCACACACAAACCACCCUCCUCCAACACCUCCAAGAUAAAUUGCAGAAGGAACAAGAGCAGAAGGUAACACUGGAGGCAACAGUCAGCCAUUUGCAGAGCUUGAUCCACAACCAGAACAACCAAGGGAAGAGCCAGGAGGUGACGGUGCAAAGGAAAGGCCAGGUUUUCACCACACAGACCCCACCUCUCACUCCUGCCAAGGAAAAACAAAACCCUCUCUUAGAGCACCCCGAGGAGGAGGAGGAGGGAACAGAAAGUCUGAAGGAUGAGAUGAAGAAAAAGACAUCCCAGCUGACAGCAAAGGAGAACGAGGAGCACCAGGACACGCAGGCAGCGGAUCCAGGCCAUGCCCAGCUGCGGGUGAAGCUCUGCAGCCGCUGCAGCAGCCCGGCCUCUCGGGGGGUGCACAGAGCCGAGGGGACCCCUCCUGCUCCGAGCCCCGGGCUGUGCUCAGCGUGCUCGGAGCUGCGCUCGGAGCUGGAGGCGCUCAGCGAGCAGUACCGCUCCUGCCUGACCCGGCUGCGCCGGUACCGGGAGCAGCUGAACCGCGGCAGCCGGGCACAGAGCGGCCCCUGGAUCCCUCUCCUGGUGGCAGUGGCAGCAGUGGCCAUCGCCACCUUCCUGGCGAGUUACAGCCUGUGAAGGAGCUCCCCGAGGACUGACCUCACUGCAGGAACUGACCUGCUUCACCAAAAGCAUCCUGACCUCUCCGCACCUUCUGCAGCUUUGUGUGUGCACACCGGGCUCGUAUCCCGAGCUGCUGUCACUCCAGACAGCUCCCGAUGGACACGGGGACAUCUCCCCUCCCUCGGCUGCUGUCACUCCAGACAAUUCCCGAUGGACACGGGGACAUCUCCCCUCCCUCGGCUGCUUUCACUCCAGACAAUUCCCGAUGGACACGGGGACAUCUCCCCUCCCUCGGCUGCUGUCACUGCCCUGCUCCUGCUCGAGGCUGCGCUGCCCAGUGAGCACUGGGGGAUGCACUGAGGGACAAAGCCCCUCUGGCCACCGCUGCUGUGGCCACACAGGGCGACAGGGACAGGGCAUCCUGUGGGGUUUUACAUCCCCCAGGGUCUCCUCCUGUAUUUACUGCCCCCCUAAAUGGGAGGUUCUCAUCUCUACUCUUAGCUGACAAAGAAACCCAGCUCAGGGGGCUCUUUAGCAGUGUCCUCACGUGUCCUGAGCAAUUCUCCCACCUCACACCCUGCAGGCCCUGUUCUACCCCACUCCUCCAGCCUCUCUAGUGGCCGAGCAUCCCCACAGCCAUACCUGCUUCCCUUUCACCACCAGCACCACAUGAAUUCACCAGAGAGGUUUUAAAGUGCCUUUUGCAGCUGCACCGUGCAGGUUUUUCAGCAGCACUUGCCCCUCAUUCAUGUGCAGACUCAGACACAACACAGCCCAUGACACCA